AUGAAGAUUUGGUUGGUGCUACUACAAAAGGGAGUUAGGCUUUUAUCAAUGCUGUUUGUGAUUGUCGCAUCUGAAUUGGUGAUGAAAGCUGGGUUCUAUCUACAAUCUGGUUUUGGCGUUUUUAGGCUCAGGACUACAAAGAGAAGAACCGUAACAGAGGAUGAGGAGAAGCAUUCACACUAUGGAAAGAUAAAGGAUGACGUAAUGCAGACCAAGUCUUUGGAGUUAUCUGAUUUGAUUCUAGACCAUGGUUCAGAGGAGGUUAUAGUGUCAAUCUUGGCCACAGAUCUUGUUAUACAACCUCAGCAAAUGGAGACUUAA